GAAGAGAGAGAGAGAGCGAGAGAUAGAUAGAGCGAGAGAUAGAGAGAGGAAGAGAGAGAUAGAUAGAUAGAGAUAGAUAGAGCGAGAGAGAGAGAGCGAGCGAGCAAGGGGGAGAUUUUCCACAAAGCUUUUUUUCUUUCUGCGCUUGAACAUCCCGGAUAAAGCUGAGCUUGUAAAGUGGGAAAGUACGAGCACCAGACCUUCCUCAACGUCAAUAUUUUCAUACUUUUGAUACUCUUUCAAGCUGGAAUUCACGCGUUCGCUUUUUUUUAUCCAACUCCCAUUUCCAGAUCUAGGACACGGUCAUCCGUGGUGUAAUAAAAAAGUAACAGGCACGAGAAAAAAGUAACAAGGAGACGGCAUCAGAUAACCAGAGUGGAGUACAGUAGCCUACACCACGGCGGGAGCCCGGUAGUGAAUGGAGCCGUGCGGGGCUUAUGGCAGAGGGGCGUUCGUAUAAUAAUGGGACACGGAGUGGCUCUCCCAGAUGAACCUUCGAAGUAAGACUAUCACUGAGGCAAGGUGCCGGACCGGGGCAUCACGACCUGAUGGAUGUAUCUAAGUACGUCGUCACCUUUCCCUCAUCCUCCCUCGUAGCGGACAGCUCUUGUCUCACCCAGCGGAAAAGGACCUCUGAAGUAUGGAUUUGUUCUGCUGAUAUCCCAACGACCCCUACCGCCACCACCACAGCACUGGCACCACUAUGGUUGAAGUAGAUGUGAAGUUUCAUAGUGACUUUCGCCUCCCCCUGGUCCAUUUUUUGUCCGUCUUUUCCAAACCAGGCGUCAAAACAAUAAAGUGUAAUUUCCUAAAGAAGCCGUGAUUAUUUGUGUGUCCAGAGUUACUUUCUGUCUCUGUAUGAUCCCUAGUCACGUUCCAUGCUUUUCGCCCAAGCUCUGACAACCGUGGCCCCUCCUGCCCUUCACCGCCAGACCCCACUCAUCGUCGGACCCCGCUCGUGGCUUUCCCAGGACCUGCCAUGCUCUGUCAGGCCGUGUUGCUCCUCCUGCACUGCUUCGCCUCUUUGACACUGGGCCAGUACGACCUGUGCAAGUCCCUGGUGAGCACGGACGAUGGCGCGGUGUGGGAGCAGUAUGCAUGCCAGCCCAAGGCCCAGUCCAUGAAGGACUACAUGCGGGUCAAGGUGGACCCACCAGGCAUCACCUGUGGGAACCCACCUGAGAGAUUCUGCACUCUGGAGAACCCGUACCUGUGCAGUGAUGAGUGUGAUGCCUCCAACUCGGACCUGGCCCACCCUCCCCAGCUGAUGCAGGACCGCGAGCGCACAGGCCGCAUCACCUACUGGCAGACAGUUACAUGGUCCCGUUACCCAGAACCCCUCUUGGCCAACAUAUCCCUGGCCUGGAACAAGAGCCUGGAGUUGACCGAUGACAUCGCCAUCACCUUCGAGUACGGCCGCCCCACCAUCAUGGUGCUGGACAAGUCCAUGGACCAUGGUCGCACUUGGCAAUCCUACCAGUUCUACGCCGAUGAUUGUCUAGAUGCCUUUAACAUGCCGCCGAAGCUUGUCCGUGACCUGUUGCCUGCAAAUAUUACCCGUGUCAUCUGCACUGAGCAGUUCUCACGCUGGGUGGGGUCGAAGAACGAUAAGAAUGUGAAGUUCGAGGUUCGUGAGCGUUUUGCGGUGUUUGCUGGACCGAGGUUGCUCAACAUGGACAGCUUGUACACGCGCAUGGAGAGUAUGAAGGGCUUGAGGGACUUCUUUACCUUCACUAACCUCCGGCUGAGGCUGCUCCGGCCAGCCCUGGGGGGAACGUACGUGCAGAGAGACAACCUGCUCAAGUACUUCUACGCUAUCUCCAACAUUGAGGUGCCCGCCAGGUGUAAGUGUAACCUACAUGCAUCGCUGUGCCUGCUGCAGGAGGGAGACCUACAGUGUCAGUGUGAACACAACACCACGGGACAGGACUGUCAGCGCUGCAAGAAGGGCUUCAAAGCCAAGUCCUGGAAGGCUGGCUCAUACCUGCCCACACCCAACGGAUCCCCCAACACCUGUGCAGUCGCUGGUGCCCCCAUGGGCGGUGGUUCUAACUGUGAGUGCUACGGCCACUCUAACCGCUGCAGCUACAUAGACUACCUGAACAUCGUGACGUGCGUCAGCUGCAAGCACAAUACCAGAGGACAGAACUGCCAGCACUGCAGACUGGGCUACUUCAGAAACGCAUCUGCCGAACUAGAUGACGAGGGUGUCUGCAUCGAGUGUAACUGUAACCAGAUGGGUUCUGUCCAUGACCGGUGUAAUGGAACAGGCUUCUGCCAGUGUAAAGACGGCGCUACGGGGCCCAAGUGUGAUGACUGUUUCCCUGGGUACUACUGGAAACAAGGCUGUUACUCCAACGUGUGUGACGAAGAACUGCUCCCAUGUCAGAACGGCGGGACGUGCUCCCAGAACCAGAAGUGUAUCUGUCCCCCAGAGUUUAAGGGCGUGCUGUGCCAACAGUCACGCUGCGAGGGGGACAAGGCCUGCAACACGGCCUGUACCCCCCACCUCCUCGCCCCCCUACUGCUCUGUGUCCUGCUACCCCACCUUCUGGCCACUUUAACUGCACACUGAGUCACCUGCUGCCCCCUCAAACACAGGGGGAACUGUUGUGUGUGUGGAUCCUUAGAGUAGGUUAGGUUGGGAAAGGUCUGCAAAUACACACCCACACACACACACACACACAACUCACUCGGGGAACGUGUGAGAGUAAAACAAGAGAAUGACUUCAGAGAGAACAGAGGAAGGUGGAGGAGAAUCAUACAACCAAACCCCCCGUCUCUCUCCCUUUAAUCUUGAGCUGGAGGAAUCUCCAUUUCAUACCAAAUAGCAUAAUUAUUAUUAAACGAGCAAACGACUGUUCGUUUAACACUUUAAAUCACUACUGUUCACUAUGAAGAAAAGGGAGGAAUUGCUGAUGUAACACAAGUACAUUUCCUUUGUCUUAAUACAUUGAGUUAAUGUGCCCCUCUUCGAGACCCUGCACUUACUGCUCCAGACAGACAGACGGGGAGUGUUUGGCUUAGACUUGGGGAGGGCUGGGCUGCUGCUGAGGUCUAUGUAGAAUAUACUGUAAACCAGGUUUCACAUCUUCGACUCAAAAUUACAGACUUGUUUUCACCUUUGACAUUUUUUUAUUUCAUCUUCUUCAGUUGUUAUUGUAUGUUUAUGUGCCCACCGACAGACGCUGAGAUUAUACAUCAUUAUUACAAUAUCCAGAGGGUUAUCAAUAUUAAGAUUUUAGUCACUAUAAUGGUUGUUAUAGGAAUGAGUCGCCACAGUUUAGCAAGAUUUUAUCUUCACACAGUAUUCAGGAGUAAAACAGAAUUUAAACUUAACAGUCUGAAAGAAGAGAAAAAAAAGAAAAGUAUCAAUAUGACAUUAUUUGAAUAGUUUUUGUAGAGAUUAUUUUUGUUUGAAGUUAUAAUAAAUGAACUAUUCCAGAUGAGCA